AUGACGAGUAACUGGCUAACAGAUCUUGAAGAAAAAGAGGUUUUAGAACCUAAUCUGGCUCUCAGGCUACAAUCCAAACUCAUCAAACGCAUAGCAGAAUUUUUAGAUUCACGAGAUCGAUACAAUUUAUGUUUGGUUAAUAAGACAUGGUCUCCAACUGCUAUGAAUGUAUUAUGGUCAGAGCCAAUUUUCAAAACGCCAGAUUCUCUUGACUCCUUUCUCCGUGCGGUCAAACAAUCAAAACAACGUGCUUUAAGAGUACGCGUUCUCAACCUAUGUGCUCCAGAUGAAAGCGUCACAAAUUCUUUUGCGCCAGUUUUGAGCUCUGAACAUCCUGUACACAAAACAAUGUCAAGAUAUGUUUUAUCAAAACCAACCUUUAUAACAAGUCUCGUUGAACUAUGUGAAAAGUUACAUAGGAUCAAAGUGUAUGGAUGGAAUCUAACAGAUCAUCACGUACAAUCUUUAUCACAAUAUUGCCCGGAACUUAAAGAAAUCCUAGUUGUUGGCAAUAGUCAAUUGACUUAUAAAGCAUUCAAUUCACUAAUGAGUUGUAUACCUAAUCUUCUUGUAUUGGAUUUGGAUGGCGAUUUUAAUCUUACUGAUAAUUUUGCAGAAGCAUUAGCAAUCAAAUGCCCAUCGCUAGUCUCUCUUAAGCUUUCAACAAAGGCAAUAUCUGAAAAAGGGUUUGAUAUAUUAGCAACAAAAUUAACAAAGCUCAAUAAUUUAGUAUUACAAAAUUGUUCCAACCUUACUGAUAAAAAUAUAGAACAUUUUGCAGAAAAAAAUCCCAAACUGCAAAAUCUUCAAUUAUUGGGUGAAACACUCACAAUAAAAUCAUUUAAAGUUGUAAUGUAUCUGAAAGAAUUAAUAAAUUUUGAUCUCAGAUGCUUACAAGAAGUUGAUAAUCUGUCAAAUGAAAUAGAAUGGUUAAGACCAGUUUGUCACAACCUGCGUAUUAUCACGCUUGAAAACUUACCAAUUAAUGAUGACGCAAUUUCAGCAAUCACUGUGCACUGUAAACAUUUGGAGAAAAUUGGACUUUCAAAAUGUCCACAUAUUACAAAUAACUCAAUCAAUAGCAUUGCAAAAAAUGAAAAUAAUCUUUAUGUAUUAGACCUAAUUGAAUGCAAAAAUGUCACAGAUAUGUCUCUUAAAUAUCUUGGUCGUAAAACCAAUUCUUCACUUACCCACAUUAUUAUAGACUCAUGUGGUCAAUUUAUUCCAGAAACUGUGCACUGGUUUGUCAAAUCUUCACCAAAACUUGAGAAAAUAGUUUUCAAUGGAGCACCUUCUAUUACCAAUUCUUUUGUUUAUCAAUUUGCCACAGAACAACAAAAUGCAAGCUAUGACUCAGACUCAGUUGGUGAUGCUCAUCAAAAAUGCACCAUUGAAAAAGAAAAUAUCAAAAAAUUAGCUCAAUUCCAACAGAAAAUGCCUCCCUCAUUCCCAAAUAAAGAUAAACUUGAUGCAUUAUCUUCAGAAUUAGGUUUAUCUUCAGAAGUUAUUGGGAUUGCUCUUAAAAAACAACAAAUUCCAAAUCCCUCGCAUAUUUCUAAUACGAUAAAUAGUUUGGGAUUUGAUACUAAUUACCCAGUUACUCCAAAUAGCAAUAUUAAUUUUUAUCAUUGUAUGUCACCACCACAAUCUAUGACUGCUAAUGAAUUUCAAAGUGAAUAUUUUCAGAAUAUACCAGAUACAAAAAGUUCCUUCAGCACCACUUCAGUUUCAUCUUCAUCCAAUCAUUCACAAUUACAAGAUAAUCAUUUUUCAGAAAAAACUCCUAUAAAUAGUCGUAAAGGUUUUAAUUCAAUGGAACAUCAACAAGAAAAAGGAAGAAAUGGUUCUUCAGCGGUUCAGUAUUCAACUUCGACUAUUGAAAUAGAUAUUGAUAAUAAUAUUGAGAAAAUACCACCUAUAAAACUUCCUCAAAUUAAACCACAAUCACGAAAUUUUGUUGAAAAAUCAUCACUCCAACAAGAGAAUAAAGUGCACAAUGAAAAGAUCACAUUUGUUAAACCACUAGUUGGGCAAACCCAAGCAAUCAUUAAUGAUUAUGAUUAUGAUGAUAAAACUGUUGGUAAACAAGUAAAAAAUGGCACACAACCCAAAUCCACAAGUGGAUAUGUAUCAUCGUGGAAUAAUCCUUGUGGGUCUGAAGGAGAUAAUGAUUUAGGUGGUUGGGCAGAUUUUGGAAAUUACAAUGAAAAUAACAAUAAUAACAAUACCUCAGAUGAUGAUACUCUUUUAGUAGAUUUUCAACAAAUUACUCACACAUUACCUACUCAACCUAAAAAUCCACAAAUAAUUUUAGAAAAUUAUAAGACGUCUCCUGAACUUCCUUUUUCUUUACAAGUGAAUCAGAAAAAUGAUGACGGUGAUGUUAAGGAACGGUUUAGAUUAGAUGAAAAUACUAAUAUUCCAAAUAAUAAUUUAGAAUAUACUCCUAUAAUUACACCUAUGGCCAAUAAUAAUUAUAAAUUGUCAGAUAAUUUUGUUUUAGAAAAAAGAAAAGAAAAGAACAAUGAUAGAUAUCAAACUGAUAACUCCCCAUCGCCACCAUCACCAUUAUCAUCACAAAAUGUUAUAGAUUCUAUUUACAUAUCAGAAA